GCCUCGUUCGAGGUCGCGCACGACCGUAUCGUGGAGGUGUUGACGGAUGUGGCGCCUUGGGUCGACUCGUGGGAGGAGUUGACUGAGCUUGACCUCAGUGGACGAAAACUGGAGAGCGUGGUCAGGCUCAAGGAGUUCGCUCCACGACUGGAGAAGGUCAGGUUGGAUCGAAACGCAUUGAGCUACUUGACGGGGCUGCCCGCUGGGCUGCGGCUCCUCACCUUGAGCGGGAAUCGGGUACCGAGUAUCGUGAGCUUCGGGCACCUCAGAAGCCUCGAGACGCUCGACCUCAGCGGGAACGAGGUGGAUGACUUGUCUUCGCUGGACUGCCUGAUGCACCUUCGCCACCUACGCGCGGAUGCUAAUGGCAUCAGCGACGUAAGGGGGAUCGAGCGCUUGGAGCACUUGCACAGUCUUUCGCUGCGGGGCAACAAGCUUGUGUCGCUUGACCUCUCCAAGACCUCCUGGCGCCGUCUCUCACACCUGGAUGUGGCGCACAAUGCUCUCACCUCCAUAAAGGGGCUAUGGCACUGCAAGCAUCUCAAGACGCUCGACGUGGGUUCCAACGAUCUCUCCCUUCUCGACCUAGGCACCGGUCUGAUGCCCAGAUUGCGCUCACUGCGGGUAAGCAACAACUCCCGUCUGGAGCGCCUCGAUGUCCUCCCUGCGGCGCGAUCAUUGCGCACUCUCUUCGCAGACUUCUGUGCGCUCGAAAAAAUCGACCACCUCGGUGCUCUAGACAAGCUCGAAGAGCUCAGCGUGCGCCAGCAGCUCACCAAACCGAGCAAGGCGCCCGCAGGCUUGCACAACGUCUUCGGUGCCACGCCACGUCUGCCCAACACGAGCUUGUCGGCCUGCUCCUUCAACAAUGUUGCCUACCUGGAGCUUUCUGCUUGCCAGCUUACAGCCAUUCCGCCCAAUCUGGCGGUGUUGUUCCCCAAUCUGCAUCAGCUGGUGCUCGACCACAACUUGUUCACCAGGCUGCCACCUAGCCGCAGUAAUGGAAAGAGCAACGGCGGAGGCUUGGCAGCUCUCUCUCGUCUGAAACGCGUCAGCCUCGUCGGCUGCAGGAUCAAGAGCACGCGCAACCUGAUCGAAGCGUUCGAAGGGUGCGAUCAACUGGCCGUUCUGGACGCGAGGAUGAAUCCUGCCACUCUUGGCCUGUAUCCACCCGUACUUGCUUCCCCGCUCAUCUCUGCCUCUAUAUCGCCAUCUCCAGCCUUCCUCGCGCCAAUGCCCAACGCAGAAACUCUGCGUCCGGAUACGAUUGAAGGAGAGAUGGCGCAAAAGCAGAAGGAGAGGGCUGAGGAAGAGCGCGGCAGGUGGGAGAAGAGCUUCUGGCAUAAGGUCCAUCCGAGGCCUGAAGAGGAUGGGGAUGACAGUCGUGGGACGGAGCAACAUGACGAUGAAGACGCGGACGAGACCAUCAAGCCGGCCAAGCAGCACGAUGCCCGCUUCUCGCGCACCCUACCAGCGCAGCUAGCUAUGCGACGUCUCCUACAUCGCGGGACGCUGGGAAUGGUUUGCCCUGCUUUGCAGUGGUUGGAUGGGUUGCAAAUUACGGACGCGGAGGUCAACGAGGCGGAGAGAGUUCUG